AUGGCUCCUCAACUUCAGGGAUACUUCAACAAGGUGGACGAAAUGGCGGAGGGCUUCAUCAAGCGUCUCUCUGAUGCCGUUGCGAUACCCUCCGUUUCUGCUGAUGAUGCCAUGCGUCCCCAGGUUGUGAAAAUGGCCCAAUUCCUUAGGGGGGAGCUCGAAGCUCUUGGGGCUACCGUUGAAGAGCGUCACCCUGGGGCGGAGCCUGAUAGGCCUCAUCUUCAGAUUCCACCCAUCCUCCUGGCCAGAUAUGGAAACGACAAGAGCAAGAGGACCAUCCUGGUGUACGGACACUACGAUGUGCAACCCGCGCUGAAAGAAGAUGGUUGGGCUACGGAUCCAUUCGUCUUGAGUGUUGACCAAAAAUCAGGAAAGAUGUUUGGGAGAGGCAGUACGGAUGAUAAGGGUCCCGUUCUGGGAUGGCUCAACGCUAUUGAAGCUCAUCAAAAAGCCGGUAUCGAAUUUCCUGUAAAUCUCCUCAUGUGCUUCGAAGGAAUGGAAGAAUAUGGAUCAGAGGGUCUAGACGAUAUCAUCCACGACGAAGCCAAGAAAUUCUUCAAGGACGCUGAUGCUGUCUGCAUCUCUGACAAUUACUGGCUUGGUGCCGAGAAGCCAUGUCUGACAUACGGCCUUCGCGGAGUAUCGUACUACCAAAUUUGUGUUCAUGGCCCGGGUCAAGACCUCCACUCUGGUGUCUAUGGUGGAUCCGUCAGUGAACCAAUGACCGACCUUGUCAAGCUAUUGGGUACAUUGGUGGACAACAAAGGGAAGAUUCUUGUUCCCGGUUUGAAUGAGCUCGUUAAGCCAGUCGACGAAGAGGAGAAGAAGCUAUACGAGGGAAUUAGCUUCGAGAUGAAAGAUCUGUACGAUGGUAUUGGAAGCUGUAGCAGUAUCUACCAAGAUAAGGAGAGCACUUUGAUGGCUAGAUGGCGUUUCCCGUCAUUGUCUAUUCACGGUAUCGAAGGAGCCUUCUCUGCCCCUGGUGCCAAGACCGUCAUUCCAGCCAAAGUUAUUGGUAAAUUCUCUGUUCGCACGGUGCCAAACAUGGAACCCCAUGAGGUGGAUAAGGUUGUUCUUACCCACUUAGAAUACGAGUGGGAGAAGAUCCGAACCAACAACACCAUGGAAGCCAAGCUUUUGCAUGCCGGUAAAUGGUGGGUAUCAAGCCCUAAGCACUGGAACUUUGCCGCAGCCUCUAAAGCGGUUGAGAGUGUUUUUGGUUGCAAGCCAGAUAUGACUAGGGAAGGUGGAAGCAUUCCGGUUACCUUGACAUUUGAGCAAGCUACUGGGAAGAAUGUCUUGCUGUUGCCCAUGGGCAGCAGUACUGAUGCUGCGCAUAGUAUCAAUGAAAAACUUGACAGAAGGAACUACAUUGAGGGGAUUAAGCUUUUGGGGGCCUAUCUUCACUAUGUUGCGGAGGAACCCCAGGUUGAACAGUAA